UGACUUUCCUUAGAUACCAACAAACUUAUAAUCUUAGUGACCAGCGUCAGCCAUCAGCAGAAGGUUGUCAGUGUUCCAACUAAACGCAGGGAGAAACGUACUUUGAGGUGCCUUUCGUAAGUCUUAUUACUCAACAUUGAAGAUGGUAUACAACUAUACCAAACCCAGAGGGCCUAUUGCUGCCAUGUACAGCAGCCCUGGACCUUGCUAUGCUUUACCAGGACUUGUAGGCCAACCAAAUCAUGAUAUCAGAAGCGUUCAUUCAAAGGGUCCUGCUUAUAUCUUUGGGAUCAAGCAUGGUAAAACCAAAGAUGAUUGCAGCCCUGGGCCCUGCCAUUUACCCACUCACAAGAUCUAUCGUGAUGGCGCAGAUGGGACACCCCAUUACUCCUUGUACAGCCGCCCACAAGAUGUGAAGUCCUUCAGAACCCCAGGCCCAGGCGCUUACUCCCCAGAAGCUGCUGGCCCGAGUACCCAUUUCCACCACCCUCAAUACAGCUUUGGUUCACGCCACAGAAACAGGAGGACUGACAGCAUCCCUGCACCUAACAACUACACCCUGCCAACAAUGACUGGCAAGACACACCAGAGUGGCAAACGUCAAGCUCCAUGCUACUCUCUGACGGGACGCAGUAAAACAGGAAGCUUCCAUGAGGAUUUACAGAAGACCCCCGGACCAGGAACAUAUAACACCACUGCACCAUCAGUGAACAAGGAAAGGGCCCCACUUUACAGUAUGACCAGCAGAAAUGUUAUGCCAGGGGACAGCACACAAAAGCCAGGACCAGGCGCUCAUUCUCCAGAGAAGUUCUUUCCACACAAGAGAACAAAUCCCAAGUUUUCAUUUGGAAUCCGUCACUCAGAGUACAUUGCCCCACUCAUUGUUGACCCUGUGGAAUGAUCUGAUGGACACAUGCAAAAACUUGUGGAUCUUUUUUUGAACAAGAGUAUUAUAUAAAACAAUUAUAUCCGUCAUCGACAACUUUAAUGCGCCAUUCAUCAUACUGAGAGACCAUUUGUCAAUGGUCAGUGAAGUACCAGUAAAAUGAUCAUGUUUCCGUCCAAGACAUGCACUUGUUGAGAUUAUAAUCUUGUCAAGAAAGUUUUCCAUGUAAAAUUUAACUUUUUUUUUAUAUAAAGAUUUGUGUAAUUAUUUGUAAAAUUGCUAAAAAGUCAAUAAGGUGUAAAAUUUUUCCUGAUGCUUGGGGAUUGCCACUACACAAUAUCAAAUAUUGAGUAAAUAAAGGAGUAUCUACGGAAGAAAAGCAGAUGGAUUGGGCCACCGAGUACCACAUUGUUGCAGUUUUGAGAUUUGCCUAGCAACUUGCAUUUUGCCAGGAAAAGGCAAACAUUACUCUUUCGAUUAAUUAUUUGCAACAAUGUUCUUAAAAGACUCGAGGAAAUGUUGGUUAAAUGGCACCCUAAGAUGGGAGAAUUGGAUUUGCUCAUUGAUAAUAUGUAUAUAACUCCCUCUUUGUGCUUGAAAAUUAUCUUCUUUUAUACGUAGUAUUGUGUUCAUACAGUGAAGUUGUAGAAUUAAAAUAUUGUGUAGUAAUUCAUUCAUUUACCAUCAUUUUAAUGUAAUAAAAGACAUUGCAUAUCAAGACAUCUAGAAUAUCAAUAAAAUUAAGUGAAUAAAAUAUUUUAUAAUUUACA